CUACCCAUAUGUCAGUCAACUAAUCUUUGCUUCCUGGUUCUCCUGGCUGUCAGAGUUGUAUCACCGUUCUCCCGGCGUUAUCAUCAAUUGAACAUAGAAAAUCAGAACAGCAUCAAUGGCGUUCCGGAAGGCCUUGAAAGGGACAGCUAUCAUCGGGACCGGGGCGGCCGCUGCUCUUCUGGGCCUAUCACAACUGUCGGAAUACAGAAAGACACAGAAUAAAUGGGCACGGCUGUCGUACGUAGCGGCGGAGGGGGAGUUAAAGCAGCCGUUUAAAGAUGAGCUCCCAACCAGACAGGCUCAGCUCUCCACCCUGCAAGACACUGAGGAGUUUGACGUCCUUGUCGUAGGGGGAGGGGCCACGGGCUCCGGAUGUGCCUUAGACGCUGUCACACGCAACCUCAAGACUGCCCUGGUGGAGAGGAAUGAUUUCUCAUCGGGGACCAGCAGCCGGAGCACCAAGCUCAUCCACGGGGGAGUACGAUACCUCCAAAAGGCCAUCAUGAAGUUAGAUUACGAACAGUACAUGAUGGUGAAAGAGGCUCUCCACGAGCGCUCCAACCUGCUAGACAUCGCCCCUCAUCUGUCUGCCCCACUACCCAUCAUGCUCCCUGUUUACAAAUGGUGGCAGCUGCCAUACUACUGGGCUGGUAUAAAGAUGUACGACCUGGUAGCUGGAGGCCAGUGUCUGAAGAGCAGUUAUGUCCUCAGUAAGAACAAGGCUCUGGAACUCUUCCCCAUGCUAAAGAAAGACAAGCUGGUGGGAGCCAUCGUCUACUAUGAUGGACAGCAUAACGAUGCUCGUAUGAACCUGGCGAUCGCCCUGACAGCAGCCAGACAUGGUGCUGCCAUCGCUAACUACACAGAGGUGGUCCACCUGCUGAAGAAAACAGACGCAGGGACGGGCAAGGAGAAGGUCUGUGGGGCGCGCUGCAGGGACGUUAUCACAGGAAAUGAAUUUGACGUCAGAGCCAAAUGUGUCAUUAACGCCACAGGACCGUUCACGGACUCUCUGAGGAAGAUGGACGACGGGAAAAACACUAACAUCUGCCAGCCCAGUGCUGGGGUUCACAUAGUUAUCCCUGGUUAUUACAGUCCUGACAACAUGGGUCUCCUGGACCCGGCAACCAGCGACGGCCGUGUCAUCUUCUUCCUGCCCUGGGAGAAGAUGACCAUAGCCGGGACGACGGACACGCCCACUGACAUCACUGCUCACCCCAUCCCCAGGGAGGAAGACAUCAACUUCAUCCUGAACGAAGUCCGCAACUACCUCAGCCCUGAUGUAGAGGUGAGGAGAGGAGAUGUCCUGGCAGCGUGGAGUGGUAUCCGUCCUCUGGUCACUGACCCCAACUCUAAAGACACCCAGUCCAUCUGCAGGAACCACAUAGUCAACGUCAGCGACAGCGGCCUGGUCACCAUUGCAGGUGGGAAGUGGACAACGUACCGCUCCAUGGCAGAGGAGACCCUGGACGCCGCGGUUGCAGCCCACAGGCUGGGGGGUGGACCCAGUAAGACAGUGGGCCUGGUGCUGGAGGGCGGCCAAGACUGGAGCCCCACCUUGUACAUCCGACUGGUGCAGGACUACGGCCUGGAGAAUGAGGUUGCCCAGCACCUGGCAGCAACGUACGGGGGGAAAGCAUUCGACGUGGCCAAGAUGGCGCGCGUCACUGGGAAGAGGUGGCCCAUCGUAGGGAAUAGACUGGUCUCUGAAUUCCCUUACAUUGAGAGUGAGGUGAGGUAUGCUGUGAAGGAAUAUGCCUGUACGGCCAUCGAUGUGAUCGCCAGGCGCACACGGCUGGGUUUCCUCAACGUGCAGGCUGCUGAUGAGGCUCUGCCACGCAUCGUAGACAUCAUGGGCAAGAUGCUGGACUGGAGCGACAAAAAGAGGACGGAGGAGCUGGAAGCUGCUAAGAAGUUCCUGUACCUUGAGAUGGGCUACAGGUCCCGCUCUGAGCAGCUGACCGGGACCACAGAGAUCACACUGGACACACAGGAAGUGGCAAAGUACACAAACCGGUUCCACAAGUUUGACAAAGACAGUAAAGGCUUCAUCACCACAGUGGACGUUCAGAGGGUCUUACAGAAUGGACAGGUGGAGCUGAAUGAGUUUUUACAGGUGGACCUCAACAAGAAUGGACAGGUGGAGCUGAAUGAGUUUUUACAGCUGAUGAGUGCUGUGAAGAAGGGCCAGGUGUCUGACAGCAGGUUGGCCAUCCUGAUGAAGACCGCUGAGGAGAGCCUGGAUCUGAGGGGACCUGUGACUGUGGACCGCAGUGGAGGAGGGGUGUGAGGGGAGCCCAUCCACACCACCACACUGUACCACCACACAUUACCACCACACCGCACCACCACACAUUACCACCACACCACACCACCACACUAACCAGAGCUGUGGUGCUAAGAAUGACAAUGAUGAAAGGGAUGAUAUUGUAAACAACAAGAGUACAAACUAGAUUUGUAUCCUAAUUUAAUCUAGGUGAUUAUGUGUCAACCCUGAGUGUUUUAUUGUGAAGUUGAGGCUAGAUUGGGGCAGCAGGUAGCCUAGUGGUUAAAAGCGUUGGGCCAGUAACUGGAAGGUCAGUGUGUCCUUGAACAAGGCACUUCACCCUAAUGGCUCCUGUAAAUGGCUCUGGAUAAGAGAGUCUGCUAAAUGACUAAAAUAUAAAGUAGUUUGAUGUUAGACAUUUUUUAUAAUAAUUCUUUGUAUUGAUAUUUUCAUGGAGGGAAACGGGGACUAUCUGGCCAGUUUUCCAUCACACUGGAUUCUCACUACUACAAAGUUAAUGGGUUUGACAAUCAGUGCCUCUGACAUAAAGCUGUAACUCACCGUUCAUACGGUCUAUAAUCUUAUCAAUGCUUCGCCUUAUAUGGCUUUGUAAUAUAGUUUAUUGUUAUAUUAUUCCGUCUUAUUUUUGUUAUCGAUGUCUUAUGGAUGUCCACAUCUCACUGGAGCUGUACUUUGGAUGUGGUUCUUAUGCCCUUUCUCCAAUACAAGAACCAGUUCUUCCUGGUUGCGCCUGAUUCCGCCUCGUUAGGGACAGCCGGCAUUACAGUAACAGCAGUUUAUUCACACUCAAGCUUACCGUUUCCACGUCUUCAUUUCUGACUUCAGCAUGUUACUUUACAUCACUGUUCCUCGCCGCAGUCACACUGUAUAUUUAAGCAAUAAGGCCCGAGGGGGGUGGUAUAUGGCCAAUAUACCACGGAUAAGGGCUGUUCUUAUGCAUGACGCAACGCAAAGUGCCUGGACACAGCCCUUAGCCAUAUAUCACAAACCCUCGAGGUGCCUUACUGCUAUUAUAAACUGGUUACCAACGUAAUUAGAGCAGUAGAAAUAAAAGUUUUGUCAUACCCAUGAUAUACCACAGCUGUCAGCCAAUCAGCAUUCAGGGCUUGAACCACCCAGUUUAUAAUGGCCAAUAUACCACUGCUAAGGGCUGUUCGGCACGACGCUAAGUGGAGUGCCUGGAUACAGCCCUUAGCUGUGCUAUAUUGGCUAUAUACCUCUAACCCCUGAGGUGCCUUAUUGCUUUAUAAACUGGAUUUGUGUGUCAUACCGUUGGUAUAUUGUCUGAUAUACACACAGCUGAAAUGCUGUUUUGGCUAAUCAUCACACAGGACCAAACUACCCGGUUUAUAAUAAGGCUUUUUUCCUGGCACACCGGUGACAACGACGUUUCUAUAUCUGCUGUCUGCUAGCUAGCAUACACUGGUCUGUCUGAUGCACCUUAAGUAACUGACUCCAUCUUUAUCCUUACUGUUUUUUAAAUCAUGGCAGAAUGAAUGCUUUUUUACUACUGUUAUUGCUACGUCAUUAUAUAUAUAUAUUUUUUAUUAAAGAUAUUUAUUCAUUAUAAUGUUAUUCACUCCUUCCAUCAUUCAAAGAACUUAAGAUGGCUAGAGGUAGGACUGGUGAUGAGAUGUACGUCUAAUGCUGAGAGGAUUAACGGAACAAUCUGGAACUUUCAUUUCCAGUCAAAUGUGCCGCUGCAUUUGUUUGUAAACUGGAGGUGACCACCUUUACCUUUGCAGAAAGUUACAAAUUGUGCCUUUUUCAGUGUUGUAUGGAAAUGUCUCUUCACUGUCUGUAUCUGUCUGCAGUGCACCUGAGCUUGUACAGUAUUUGUACUAUUACUAAGUUAAUACUUGCAGUUCUGCUGAUUAUUUGUGGUUUUAUAGAGGGAAGCAGUUGAAGGGGAAUGUAUGAUCUGUGCCUUGCUUUCAAACACGGUAUGAUGUCAUAUGAAUUGAACCUAUUCCAACUCAUUCCUCUAUAUUUUACAUAUUUGAACUGUCUUAAUGUUGCAGUUAUUAAAAAGCAUGUAAAGAUACAUAUUCUAAAACGUAUUUUUAAAGAGAAUUAGUAUUUUCCGAAUGGAUAAAAGGAACAUCAGAUUUUUUGAUAGUUCUGACUGGUUCUUAAUAUUGGUCUUGUUAGCAUGUUUGUAAUACAAUUUGCGUGUGUUCUUGUUUUGUCUAAAAAGGCUGAGAGAAUCAUUCUAGAGGCUUCCGCUGUGUACUCUUACUGUAACUGAAUCCAACCAUGUGUAUCAGUAUUUUGCCACAUGGGAGUUUUCAGUACAAUGCCUUGACAGCCAGGGCCAACUUUGUCUAUGUUUGCUUGUGUCUGCUUGGAUGAAAUUCCAGCCUUAUCCAGAUUGAAAGAGAUUCAUAGUCCUCUUUUUUCAAUAAACACUGUAAGUCGAUCUCAAAAGCUUUUUCAAGACACACUGCAAUUAUGUAAUUAAAUGUAUCUGGUUGCUAACAACAA